AUGCCGCAGACUCCGGGGCAUUCGCGUAACCCUUCGAGCGUUGAUGCCUCGUACCAAUACAACAGCGUCAGCUCCUCCCCUCGACGCAGACGAACAUCGAGAUCCUCCGCGAACGACCCAGCAACACCUUUGCGAAGUAGCUUCAAUACCCAAUACCCCCUAGAUAUCUCGUAUGCCAGCGGUGGUAUGAACGACGGUAAUGGCUUAGGCAACCUUGCCGACGAGCUGGCCGACGCCUUCUCCGAUUCCGGAGAUGAGGACGAAUACUACGAAGAUGACAAUGACCACGAAACUGGCAACGGCGACAGCAACGGCAAGGGGACACCAAACAUCAACAUCCAAGAGACCGAGAGACGAGCCAGCGCAGCCGAGGGAAUACGGGACAGCGGGGUCGACGUCGCCUGCCUUGGCGACGACAACAGUAAAGCGAAGAAUCUUAGUCUGGGGCCACCACCGCUCGUUCAACGCGGCCAUCGUCGGAGUGGAAGCGAAUACGAUGGCAGUGAAUAUGGAUCUGAGUCGGAUCUCGACUCUCCCGGCAUGCUGCCUAGUCUGGUGGCCAAAAUGGAUGCUGUGGAGUCUCUGGCGAGGAGAGGAACGGAGAGCAACGGAGGGCCCACCGACGGUGUUUUUCGCCGUGUUACGGAGGGUUUGCGGGAUCUGGGCUCUCAGGCCGGCGUCGAGGGCAGCGCGACUAGGCUUAUCACCGCACAUUCGGCCCUCACGACCCACCUCACGCACCAAACCCGUCAACUGCACAAUCUGACUUUUCCUCUUCUCUCGCCCCUUGUCCCGCCCCCAGAUUCUGAGACGAUUGACGAAUUACUGCCGCUUUUGAUUGAGCUAUCCGAGUCCAUGCCCCGCCCGACAACCAAGGCCUAUGACUCUUUGACAGCCCUCCAUACGUUGACCUCGGACCUUGUGCAAAGCCUCAACUAUCUCUCAGACACGCUCCACAUGUCCAGACAAACCACGACAACGGCCACGCGCCGCUUGAAGAGCGCCAAAGAGCUGGUUGCCGAGAUCAAGAGGGAGGAAGAGCUUCGUGAAGAGGGCGAACGGUGGCUGAACAGAGGGAAUUGGAGCGAAAGGCUAGCCAAGCGUGAGUGCGCCGGGGUAUGCGGCGAUGUUGUAGGCGGCUUCGAGGAGGUAUGUAAUGGCUGGCGUGCCCGGUUGUUGGAGCAAGCCAGCUCUGCCCAAGCUUGA